AUGCCUCAUCUCAAUAGGUCCCCCAGCUCGCCGAGCCUGCGAGAUCCCCCCAGGCAGGCUCUUGAGCUCCUUCCCCGACCUUCAAUGUCUCGUCCGAAACCUUCCCCCUACUAUGCCUCCGUCCGAAGACUCUCGUCUCGUCCCCGACCCUCCGUCGCGUCAAUAGCAGACAUUUUUGUUGGCUCGCUGGUCCUCGCAGGUUUCUGUCAUGACCACUCUCCGCGGGGCCGGAAUCUGUCUACCAUGCAAUUGGAGACUUCCGAGCAUCCUUUGCGAAGGUUACGUGGCAGAAAUCUGGCUGGCCGGGGACAACUGCCUGCUGGGAGGCGCGUGGAGUAUUCGCGCACAUCGGUGCAGUCAUCACGGCCUCGGUCAUGGCUCAGCACUGGUCUCGCGCAAAAGACCACGGAUGAUCAUACUGAGCAGGAUCCUCGUGAGCAAGGCCAUACUGAGCAGGUACACGCCAAUCUUCCUGUGAGGACAAGGUUUGGAAGGCACGAGGAUAGAUCGCUGUCCGAUCUGCGAGAGGAUGCAGACGAGGAAGAGAGACCAAUCGCACCCUCGCUUUCAUAUGACGAACAGAACUACAUCGCGACAUGCCAGUUUUUCGAAAAAUACUUGGGCAAGAAAUACAAUUGGAAAGAAGCAGUGGACGUCCUGCUUCCUAUGCCGGAGGCUAAAAGAAAUAAGAAUGAUUGGCGAGACGAAGUUGAAAGUCCCUCAGUGGAACACCUCUUGGAAGCAUUAAACGCCGACACCGAGGCGACGACACAAUACUUGUUCCGAUUAUAUAGAGACAUUCCUUCGCCGGGAGUCGCGAAACUGUCCAAACGUUCGCGAGGAGAUCUUUUGCGCCGCUUUGCAAACCCCCCGAAUCGACGAUGGGCCGACGCCCGUCGCUACCUGGCAUUGGUCGAAGACAUGGUUAGAGCUGGUCUUCCCAUGUCACGCUCCUUAUGGUCUUCCGCGAUUCACUUUGCCGGUCGAGGUAACGGCAGCGGCAAAGUGCUGAAGCGAGACCUGGUUCGAGCAAUUGGCCUUUGGCAGCAGAUGGAGCAUGUGGCCGGAGUUCAAGCUGACGAGGUGGUCUUCGGCAUAUUGUUCGAUGUCGCCAUGAAAUCCGGUCAGUUUACUGUUGCCACUCGUCUAGAGGCGGAAAUGAGAGAACGCGGCUUGGACUUCGACCGCUUCGGGAUGGUCGCUAAAAUCUUUUCCUAUGGGCUACAAAAGAACGUGGCUGGCGUUUCCGCGGCGUUUGAAAAGUUUGUCAUGUCCGGAGAGAUUGUCGACACGGUCACCUUGAAUUGCUUGUGUGUAUCCUACCUGCGGGCCGGUGAAGUCAAUAUUGCAGAGCAGAUCUAUGCACGCAUGCUUGAAGCACAACGAUCUGCCCAAGGUCUCAAUCCUUCAGUCUCUUCUUCAUCUGACGAUCCCGCUCUCUCAAGCGAAUUUUUCAUCUACAGGGGAAGCACGCGACAGAUGGGCCGUCACUUGAAGAAAUCGCACGCGCUUAAAAAGCAACUUCCAGCGUUCCACCAGGCCCUCCAGGACUCUUUGCCCAUGACGCCUGAUACUCGAACCUUUUAUAUCUUCCUUCGGCAUUUCUCUCGCUACUCCGGUCAACUCGAUAUGUUCAUGACCGUCCUCCGCGAUAUGGAAAGUACGUACGCCGUUCCUCCGCGCCACAUCGUCUACAUGCUGCUCUUUGAGGGAUUCGGCAUCCACGGUGACAAAAGGAAGACCUGGUCCGCCGAGCGGCUUCGAUUAACCUGGCACGCAUACCUUCGGGCUCUACGUGAUUCGAAAACAAGACUCGUUGAUAUGUACGAAGGCAACAAGUCCACGGAUGUGGUCUGGGAGAACCCGUUGGGUUCUAUCAUCACGGAAAAUCAACCGGACAUGCCGACGGAAGAUCCCAACGGCCUCUACGUGCCCCUGCCGUCAACCAACGCCGGAAUUACCUCAGGUUUUGCGCAGCGGGAUGAUCCUGGUGGAUUCUAUGCAGCUGUGUCAUUAGAUGAGACAGAGACCGCACACAGCCCCGCGGAGCCAGACGACCCCAACAAACCAACCGACACCGACGAGCUUGUUUCAAACAACGAUGAACAAACGCUCGAGGAGUCCAAGAAGCCACACAAUGUAAAUGGAUUCUUUUCUUCUCUCUGGCCAGACGAUAUGGAUACUGUGCUAGAUCCUGUGAGGUCAGAAACCCCCAACAAGCCGGCCGCGAUCGACGAGCUUUUUUCCAGGAAGAAUGAAGACCUCCCCGAGGCGAUCAUCGACGAAGAAGAAGCCGAAGGUGGUUUCGACAAAUACCAUGGAAACGAGGACCACAUAGACUUUGAAGCACGCGUGGAGAACGGAGUCUUCGUUGGACGCAGGAUGAUUGUUGCCAUUCUACGGGCAUUCGGCACCUGCUGUGGACCCAGGGAGGUCUUGGAGGCUUGGCUCCAACUGGAACGACUCUGGCAACCUCAUCACCGCAAGGCCAGCGAUGUGUUUGCUGUCAAGGAAGAGCUCGACAGACAACUGUCGAAAACGCGACAAUUGUAA